AUGGAUGAUUUUGAAGCUAGAGUAAUUGAAAUCAAGUUUUAUGCCAACUUUUUACAAAAAGCAUGUGCAUCAAAGUGUGUUAUGAAAUAUAGUGACAGUGAAUUGGCUGUUGGUGAAUCAUUGUGUGCCGAGAGAUGCACUGAAAAGUGGAUGGAAACCUUUAAAAAAGUACACUCAAAGAUGAAUGCUGGUGCUAUCGCUGCUGCAUCUGCUGCACAACAACAAGAACAAGCCAAACCACAACAAAAGAAGGGUUGGUUCUAA